CGGCCACCUUUGACAGCAGAUUUGCUCCUCUCGGGGUCACUACGCGUCCGUCCGCACUAGUUCCGACUUCCGACUUCCGAUAGAAAGUUGGGCUGGGCCUGCUCGCAAGAUUAUAAUAAGUUGGCGCACGUCACCCUCCCGACAGCGCAAGAAACUAUCCCCAAUCCCCAAAUCUUCUUGUUGUCGGCGGAGGCGGAAGGAAGGACGGUGAAAGAGAAACCCUAGCUGCCUGAGGAAGGAGCGCCCAGAUCCUCAAGGAAUUCUAGCUGCCUGAGGAAGAAACGCCCAGAUCCGCAAGACCGGCGACGAUCGAUGGCAGCAGUUCGAUGCCUGGCGAGGACGAGGCUUGGUAGAAGGCUGGCGACGGUCGCGGAGGAGCGACGCCAACUCGUGCCAAGAAGGUUCUUCAGCGAGGAUGCUCAUGAGAUGAAGCAGAAGAUGAGGAAUCAGAAGGUGGAGGAGCUGUAUGAUGCCUUAUACAAGCGGGGGAAGAUUCCCACCACUAGUCCCUCUGUACAAGCCAGUCAAGAACCCGACCCUCUGCGUACAAGGCGUUACGCAAUGAGGAUUCGGGGUGUGUUUGAGUUAGCUGCCAAGAUGACGUUAGGCUUUAUGCUGGUUGCUUAUGCGGUUAGUCCUAAACUGCCCAGAGAAGAGGACACCACCAAUAAUUGCCCACAAUGCGGCUUGAGGACAUCAACGACCAGAGAAGGCACCACCAAUAAUUGAGAACCAAAGAUGAUGCUAUCUUUAAUUUGUGAUAUUGUGUGACAUGGUAUCAUGUAAUUAUAUCUCUUGUCUAUUAACUAAUUGAGUAGAAUAUAUAGUACUCGAACAAAUUGUGCAAGGAAUCUGGUCUCUGCUACAUUGUAUCAUGUAAUUAUAUCUCUUAUCUAUUAAAUAAUUGAGUAGAAUACACUACUCGAACAAAUUGUGCAA